AUGGCGGGUUUCGCCGGCGACUACCCCUUCGGCUUGGACUAUGACUUCGGGGACGACGGCGACAACGACCCGUUCUGCUACGACCCAUUCGAAGACUACGGUGGCGACGGGGACGAAGGCGAGGGGCUAAUCGGCGGCCCCUUUGCGCUCGACUACGGAGACGGCGGGGAGUACUGCAUCUCAGGUUUCGCCUUCCGCGACGGCGAUGACGACGGAGGCGGCGUCCUCGUGGGAGAUGGCCACGCGCCCCUGUCCUCCCACGACGAACCCAUUCUCGAAACCCUAGGCCGCUCAUUCGAUUCCUACGGAGGCCUCAGCCAAUUCUACCCCCACCUCGUUUCUGCAUUGGAACUCGUCGAGGAUACCUCCGGGGAGGAGGCGAGGAUUUCCCGAAAUGCCCGGGGCGGCGGAGGGUCCGAAUUCGAGCAGGGGGCGGUCGUUGAGGAGGCUACCGACGACGACGUCGACGGGAUCGGGCUGAUGCUGGGCGGGUUGACCCUCGAUCCGCGGGUUGGGGGGUUCCAGGGCCUGGUGGGUCACGUGGGUGGGCUCAUGCUCAGCGGGUUCGACCUCGUCGGGCCACGGGUCAUCACGCGGCCCUUCCGGAUGGUGGUGGGCGGCGAGGACACCGACUCUGACGACGCUGACUGGAACCUCGUCGAUGCGCUCGCGGGGAGCGUUCGGGAGGCUGCACGGCGGCUGCCGGCGUCCCGUGCGGUGGUGGACGGCUUACCGGAGGUCGCGCUCAGCGAUGAGGAGGCCUCGCACGGCUCCGCUGUGUGCAAGGAUGGCAUUGCGGCGGGGCAGAGUGUCCUCAGGCUCCCCUGCAAGCACUACUUCCAUGGGGAGUGCAUCCGCCCGUGGCUUGCCAUCAGGAACACUUGCCCCGUGUGCCGAUUUGAGCUCCCAACGGGUGACGCUGAUCAUGAUUGGCGACGGAGCAGGACUGGUGUGGUGUCUGUGGCGCAACAGAGCGCACCAGAGCAGAGUGGAGGCACAGGCGCUGGCAGUGGAACAGUAGGUGCAGGAGAUGACGCAACUGAAUGCCCGGGAGAAAAUAGACCUGAGCAAAGGCACGUCUUGAUGAGGCGGCAGACUGACUGA